AUGAAAAGAAUGUGGGCCCCACGUGUCUGUCACUCGGUUCAUGGACAUCCUCUCUGGCGCAUUUUCAUCAAGCCUUGUGCAGCUGUGCCCAUAGUGACAGUACGGUAUGCCAGCAGAGGCCCUGCCAAGAGAUUCACCGAUCACAAAGAUGUCGACCACAUUCGCAACAUAGGCAUCUCGGCCCACAUAGACUCUGGGAAGACAACCCUUACAGAGCGAGUCUUGUUCUAUACGGGUCGCAUUGCCGAAAUGCACGAAGUAAAAGGGAAAGACAAUGUGGGUGCAACCAUGGAUUCCAUGGAACUGGAGAGACAGCGGGGGAUCACCAUUCAGUCUGCUGCCACCUAUACACUCUGGAGAGACUGCAACAUCAACAUCAUUGACACUCCAGGCCACGUGGACUUCACGGUGGAAGUGGAGCGGGCAUUGCGUGUCCUUGAUGGUGCAGUUCUGGUCCUGUGUGGUGUUGGGGGUGUGCAGAGUCAAACCCUGACUGUGAAUCGACAGAUGAAGCGAUAUUCUGUUCCCUGCCUAGCUUUCAUCAACAAACUUGAUCGCAUGGGUGCUAAUCCUUAUAGGGUUUUGCAUCAGAUGAGGACAAAACUGAAUCAUAAUGCUGCCUUCGUGAACCUCCCAAUUGGGAAGGAAAGCAAUCUUCAAGGCAUCAUUGACAUUCUGGAUGAAAAGGCUCUUUAUUUUGAUGGCACCUUUGGUGAGACUGUAAGAGAGGAUGAGAUACCUGGGGACAUGAGGCAAGAGGCAGCUGAAAGGAGACAAGAAUUAUUGGAAGCCAUAUCGAAUGUUGAUGACAAAUUGGGAGAGAUGUUUCUUGAGGAGAAGAAGCCAUCUGUGCAGGAGCUAAAAGAGGCAAUUCGACGUGUGACCCUAAAGCGCCAGUUUACUCCAGUUUUUGUUGGAUCAGCCUUGAAGAACAAGGGAGUUCAGCCCCUCCUAGAUGGAGUCAUUGACUACUUACCCAAGCCUCAUGAAGUGGACAACUUUGCCUUCCUUCACAAGGAAGGGGAUGAGAAUGAACGGCUGAGGAUGAACCCAGAAAGGAGCAACCACAAUCCCUUUGUGAGCCUUGCAUUCAAGCUGGAAGCUGGCCGCUUUGGUCAAUUGACAUAUGUACGAGUCUAUCAGGGAAUGUUGCGCAAGGGAGAAAGCAUCUAUAACACUCGCACCCAUCAAAAGGUGCGGGUGCCACGACUGGCACGGUUGCAUGCAAAUAAUAUGGAGGAUGUGGAGGAGGUGUACAGUGGUGACAUUUGUGCCCUUUUUGGUGUUGAUUGUGCCAGUGGUGACACAUUUGUCACUGACCCCAAGCUCCAUCUCUCCAUGGAGUCCAUCUUUGUGCCAGAUCCUGUGAUCUCCAUGUCCAUCACUCCAAAGAAGGAAGCAGUGGAGCAGUUCAGCAAAGCCAUUCAUCGCUUCACCAAGGAAGAUCCUACAUUCCGUGUGGAAUAUGAUCCUGACAGCAAAGAGCUCAUUGCCAGUGGGAUGGGGGAGCUGCACCUUGAGAUCUAUUCCCAGCGGAUGGAGAGGGAGUAUAACUGCCCUGUGACGCUUGGAAAGCCAAAGGUUGCCUUCCGUGAGUCCCUGGCUGCCCCAGUUGAGUUUGAUUUUUUGCACAAGAAGCAGUCAGGUGGAGCAGGGCAAUUUGGCCGUGUCAUUGGCAUUCUUGAGCCACUUCCUCCAGAGAAGAACACAACGAUAGAGUUCCAGGAUGACACCGUUGGCACAAAUGUGCCAAAACAAUUUGUUCCUGCAAUUGAGAAGGGGUUUCGCAUGAUGGCAGAAAAAGGUCUAUUGUCAGGACAUAAGAUCUCUGGAGUUCGGUUCCAUCUUCUUGAUGGAGCACAUCACAUUGUGGACUCAAAUGAAAUUGCAUUCAUCAGUGCUGCACAAGGGGCAGUCCGACAAGCAUAUGACUAUGGAGCAUGGCAGAUUCUGGAGCCAAUCAUGUUUGUGGAAGUGACUGUGCCGGAGGAAAACCAAGGAACUGUGAUUGGGAAUUUAACUAAGCGCAGUGGGGUGAUCACUGCGACUGAGGGAGCUGAAGGAUGGGGCACAGUCUGUGCUGAGGUCCCUCUGAAUAAGAUGUUUGGAUUUGCAACUGAGUUGCGUUCAAGUACACAAGGGAAAGGGGAAUUUUCCAUGGAAUACUCAAGAUAUGCCCCUGUGUCACCUGAUGUUCAAGAGGAAGUUAUUUCUCGAUACCAUGAAGCUCUGGGGGUUUCAGAGGAAAAGAAAAAGAAGAAGAAUUGAUGUCAUCUGUAUUGUUAGUUGUUUCCCUGAAAAAGUCUUGGAAUGAAAGCUCUUUUAUUGACAA